AUGGUCUACGUUCGCCAGAUGAACCUCGCGGCGCUCCGCGAGUACAAGUACUCGUCGGUAGAUCGCUCCCUCACCUCCAAGUACAUCAUGCGUCCGUGGUGGAACUUCGUCAUCAGCUUCUUCCCCCUCUCCAUAGCCCCCAACCUCAUCACCCUCACCGGCUUCAUGUUCGUCGUCGUCAACUUCCUCACCCUGCUGUGGUACACGCCCCUGCUCGACCAGGACUGCCCCCGCUGGGUCUACUUCAGCUGGGCCCUCGGCCUGUUUCUCUACCAGACCUUUGACGCCAUCGACGGCUCCCAGGCUCGUCGCACGAAGCAGUCGGGUCCCCUCGGCGAGCUGUUCGACCAUGGCGUCGACGCCCUCAACACCACCCUCGAGGUCCUCAUCUUCGCCGCCUCCCAGAACAUGGGUCAGGGCUGGCGCACCGUCGCCACCCUCUUCGCAUGUGAGUUCGCCUACCGCAUCCUUUGCUUGCCCCCUUUCCCCAUCGCCUGUCUUCACCUCCUCCCCUGGCCCCUACUCGCCAGUCCGAGGCUAACGCGGCUGGAUUUUCGCCCAGCCCUCCUCACGUUCUACGUCCAGACCUGGGACGAGUACCACACCAAGACGCUCACCCUCGGCUUCGUCAACGGGCCCGUCGAAGGCGUCCUCAUCCUCGUCACCGUCUACGCCCUAACCGGUUUCCUCGGCGGCGCCCACUUCUGGCAGCAGAGCAUGCUCCGCACCCUCGGCGUCCCCGAGACCCUAGGCAUCCCGCCCCGCGUCUACGCCCUCUCCUUCACCGAUUGGUACCUCGUCCAGGGCGGCAUUGUCCUCGUCCUCAACACGGUCGAGUCGUCGUUCAAUGUCAUCCGCGCCCGCCGCGCCAACGGCGACAAGUCCCGCGGCGCCCUGGUCGGCCUGCUGCCCUUCUUCGCCACCUGGUUCCUCAUCGUCACCUACCUCUGCCUCAACAAUGACAUCCUGCGCAACCACCUGGUUCCUUUCGUCCUCUUCGCCGGUCUCAUCAACGCCUACAGCGUCGGCCAGAUGAUCACGGCCCACCUGACCAAGAUGAGCUUCCCCUACGUGAACGUCCUCAUGUUUCCCCUCAUCUUCGGCGUCGUUGAUUCCCUCGGUCCCUUCCUUCAGAGCCGCCUCGGCUUCGGCUGGCCCAGCGUCAUCGGCAACGGCGAGUACCAGGUCGGCUUCGUCUUUCUCAUGCUCGGCACCGGCUUCGGCAUCUACGGCAGCUUCGUCGUCGACGUCAUCGUCACCAUCUGCGACUACCUUGACAUCUGGUGCCUGACCAUCAAGCACCCCUUCGACGAGAUCGGCCACGAGGUGGCCAACGGCAAGACCAAGAACUACUAG